CGGGUGUCUGGACAGAGAGAUAGAGAGAGAAGCUGAAGAAGGAAGGGGUUCUGGUUUUUAUUAUCCUAUCCAAAAACUCUGCUCAGUGUUGUUUCUUCCUUCACUAAAGGAUUUUGCAGAAGGGCUUUGGGUAAUGGCGGCUUUGCAGAGCUCCUUCACUGGUCUCUCCAUCUCCUCUACCUCUUUCUUUGGCCAACGCUUCUCUCCUCCUCUGUCCCUUCCUCUGGUUACAUCAACAGAAGGUCCAUGUUUGAUUACAGCAAAGCUUAAGCGAUGGGAGCGGAAAGAGUGCAAGUCAAACAGCCUUCCAGUACUGCACAAAAUGCAUGUGAAGCUAGGCGAUACAGUAAAGGUAAUAUCAGGUCAUGAUAAAGGUAAGAUCGGAGAGAUCACCGAGAUCAUCAAGCACAACAGCAAAGUAGUAGUAAAAGAAGUGAACUUGAAAACCAAACAUGUGAAGAGUCGGAGUGAGGAUGAACCAGGCCAGAUAGUCAAGAUUGAAGCUCCUAUUCACAGCUCAAACGUGAUGCUUUACUCUAAAGAGCAGAAGGUAGCCAGUCGAGUGGGCCAUAAAACGCUUGACAACGGAAAAAGGGUCCGCUACCUCGUAAAAACUGGGGAAAUCAUCGAUAGUGCCGAGAACUGGAAGAAAGCUGUCAAAGAAAAGGAAAAAACAACAGAAGCAGUAGCUGCUGCUUCCUAGGAGAUCACUGGUCUGUAAAUUCUAGUUUGAUUUUGCUAAUUUUGAACCUUCUCUCAUUGAUGUAUUAUGAUUCUGUUAUCACCUUCACCUUUUUUAAAUCAGUAACAGAAGUAUUUAUAUUAA